AUGACUUCCAUCGAAAUUAAAUCUGUUGAAAUUGCUGAUGACAAGCAAACUGAUGAUGAUUCAGUCAAAAAGUUUGAAAAAGCGUCAAUCACCCAAACGCCAAAUCCAAAACAACCAAAAAAAGAUACCGAGGACAAAGUUAGUCCUACUAAUUCUGAUCUUUCUUCAUCAUCUGGCCAUUCCAGUCAAUCUAGUGAUCAAACUACAUCAACAAUUACCUCCGAAGAUUCAUUGGAGUCAUCGGAUGAUAAAACUACUAAAGGUGCUAGCCAAAACCCAUCAAUCGCAUCAGUUUAUGAUAAAAUCUUGUCACCGUCAACUGCCAGCAAUAAUAAUAGCAAUAAUAAGAAAUUUCAACCUUGUACUUCCAUUUCUCAACCAUAUUUAUUCAGCCCACAUCCGAUUAGACCACCAAACGCUGCCUCUCGUCUAGAAAGAAUAGUAAAACGUGAACAACCAAUUCCAAUGCGAUAUGAUUGUAUUCCAUGUAUCAAUGGGAAUGUUAUUUUAAAACCUUGUGAUCAUAGCAGCAAUAAUAACCCUGCCACUGUUAAAUUACCAUUGCAACUACAACAAUCACAGCAGUCUAAUCAACAAUUGCAAAAUUAUCAAUUAAAUGAACUCACAAAAUUAGCAAUCCCAUACAAUUGGCCUGUUGUUAGGCUUUCGAACAUUCCGUGGGACGUUUCAUCGAAAGAUAUUAAAACAUUCUUUUCAGCUUUUAAUUUACCAGACGCGUCAAACUAUUCACAAACCUUUAUCGAACUAGUUAACAAAAAUGAAGCAAGACGAGCUGUCGAAACUCGUAACUUGAAACCGUUAAAAGGUAGAAUUAUCACUUGUAUGGAAUCGACUCAAGGAGACUUAAUGAAAGCCAUAUUUCCUAAAUGGAAAGGUGAAUUUUCUGGAAGUAAUGCUAUAGUCACUCAAACUGUUCUACAAUCAAACCCGACCAUCCCACAUGUACCAUUCAUUACCAGAGAAGAAAUGAACUCGUUGUUGAAAAGUUUUUUCAAGCUUCAUUUUUCACGCAAAUGUGCCGAACGUCCUUUUGAAAAUAUAAUUAGUGUACUUGUCAAAUUUCCAUUUCAUCAAGGAGAACUUUACACUACAUUACAGCGGGAUUUGUUAUUUGAAAUGUUGAAACUUGCAAUCGAAUCACUUAAAAUUCAUCUAAGCAAAGAAUACCAUCGUAUUGAUGAUACAUUAAUGGAACGUAUGAUGCGAGCAGGUAUAUUGACACCUGUUUUCACAGAACGUCAGAAGCUGAUGGUGCUUCAUGUUUCAGGUCUUUCACUUCCUGAAGAUUUACAAGGUUGUAUGCCCCCCUUUAAAAAAGAAGACGAACUUGAUCAUUCUCCAAUGCCAUCGUCAAUGCAAAAUCCUUUAGCCUUUUCAACACACCGUCCUUUAAAUCCAUCACCACAACAUUAUUUUAAACUGUCACCGUAUCCGUUUAAACAAGCACAAUAUCCAACAUCAUUUGUAUCCCCGAUUCAACCACAAAAACCCUCUCUUAAACCAACACAAUAUCCUCUACAACCUUCUCCGCAUCUUUUGCCACCUUCAGUAACAGCAGUGCAUCACAGAUCUUUUGGUGCAUUUAAUGAGUGCGAUCCACCAACCAACGAGCAAAGAAAUAUUGAGUCAGAAAGAAGAAUCAAAAAGAUCUUUGAAGAAAAUCGGGAAAGAAACAUGCCUAAUCUACGCUACUUUGAUCAAGGCAAUAACCCAUUCUUUGUUGACAAUUCUAAGAAAAACAAUGAUUGA